GCGUAAAUUUGUCGGAACGAGCAUGUUUUGAUUAGAAAAUUUCUGAAAUUGCUGUAAAUUUGCAUUUCUUACGUUUAAUCAACAACUUGUGAACAAACAGUGAUUUGAAACUUGUCUACAAAGUAACUGCAAGUCAUCAAAAGAUGAUUGUUCUUCCGAAACCUCCAAAUCCGGAGGAUCAGCCGAGUGGAGACCAGCAGCCGCCCAGUACAAGUGGAAUAUUUUUCCCGAAUGCAGAUCUUGACGAGGUGGCCAGGCACUUUAUUGGAAACAAUUUCAGAUUCCGCGAGAACAUCAUCAUCCCAAAAAUGUACGGCGUGGUUCAGAUCAAAACCAACGAGGAAAAGCUGGUAGAGGCCGCAUUCGAGAGUUGCGCCUUCAAAUCGCUCAUGAGCUGCGUCAUGGGGUACGGGUUGGGUGCGGCCAUCGGACUGUUCAGCUCCUCGGUGAACCCGAACAUCGCGGACCCGCUGGCGGCCGAGAAGCAGCAAACGGCGCGCGAAAUCUUCCGGGAGAUGCGCGCCGCCACGCACUCGUACGGUAAAAACUUUGCCGUGAUCGGGGCGGUGUUUGCCGCGGUGGAGUGUGUGAUCGAAUCGAAACGAGGCGUUUCCGACUGGAGGAAUGGAACGUACGCGGGAGCGGUUACCGGAGGGUUGAUUGGUUUGAGAGCUGGUGUUAAAGCGGGAAUUGUUGGCGCAGCCGGUUUUGCAGCAUUUUCCACAGUCAUCGAUUACUACAUGAGGCAUCGGUAAUUUUAAGGCUUAAAGUUAGCAACGUUCAAUAACAUGUUGAUGUCUAAAUAGUAAA